UGAACAUCAGACCAGCUGCCAGCCAAUGAGACUAGCUAAGCUAGGUGGCAUCCGUCGCCUCCCAACCAACUGCAACAUUUAUACCAGUGUAUCCAGAGCUUAGGUAAGCAAGAGGAAAACGGCACAGAGUGAAACGCCUUCCUGACGUGCAGCUCUUCGUGUAGCCUCCUGACAUACGCAUAUAAAGACGCUACAGGCCGAGCUGAAAACAUGACUGAUACGGAAAAGAAUGGGUUUGACCCAGCUAGGCAACGAAUGCCCGAACAAAAUGGCAAAACAGCGGGGAUAGAUGAUGCUUUUGAUGAACCCUACAAAGAGAAAGAGGGCGUAAUGCCUCCGAUGAGGAUCGUAUGGAGAAAUGUGGUGCUGAUGACUUUCUUGCACAUAGGAGGAGUUUACGGACUGAGCUUGAUACCUUCUGCUAAAGCUUUAACGCUUGUAUGGGCAUGGAUCUGUUUUAUGAUUAGUGGCAUUGGAGUGACAGCUGGUGUACAUCGGCUCUGGAGCCACAGGUCCUAUAAAGCUAAACUGCCAUUAAGAAUCUUCUUAGCCAUUGGAAACUCUAUGGCCUUUCAGAAUGAUAUCUAUGAGUGGUCAAGAGACCACCGUGUUCACCACAAGUAUUCAGAUACUAAUGCAGACCCCCAUAAUGUGAGUAGAGGCUUCUUCUUUUCUCAUAUUGGCUGGCUGUUGGUACGUAAGCAUCCAGAUGUCAUUGAAAAAGGAAGCAAACUGGACCUCAGUGAUCUCAAGGCUGAUGGUGUUGUAAUGUUCCAGAGAAGGUAUUACAAGUUGUCCGUAGUGGUCAUGUGCUUCAUCUUUCCCACACUGGUGCCAUGGUACUUCUGGGACGAAAGCUUGUGGGUGGCUUACUUCAUCCCAGGCCUGCUAAGAUAUGCUUUGGUCCUUAAUAGCUCCUGGCUGGUUAAUAGCGCUGCCCACAUGUGGGGCAUGAGGCCCUUUGACCUGAACAUCAACCCCAGAGAGAACAGAUUUGUUGCGUUCAGUGCUAUAGGGGAAGGCUUCCAUAACUAUCAUCACACAUUCCCAUAUGACUAUGCUACGAGUGAACAUGGCAGCUUGCUGAACUUCACCAAGGUGUUUAUUGAUUUUAUGUGUUUCAUUGGCCUUGCUGAAGAUCGCAAGAAGCCAUCUCGUGAAGCAAUCCUGGCUCGGGUUCAACGCACUGGUGAUGGGAGUUACAAAAGUGGCUAAGUCAUUUUUAGCAUUUUGGAAGCCAAAAUGUGUCUUGGGAACCUAAACCAAUAUCUAAAUAUAUUUGUGCAGCUAAGUGUGCAGCAGAGGUCCUGUUACUGUCUGACAGACUAAGGAACACUGUUUAAAUUUUGUUGUAUUUUGCUGAAAAGUUUAAUUUGAAAACAUAAUUUACUUUAAUUCUAAGAAAUGUUAACAGUAUUGAUUAAGCAGUGCAUUCAGCUUAACCUAAUCAAUAAUAAAAAUCAUUGUAUAUUUUGAAUGUAAAAUUCACAUUGAUCUUUCUGAUACACAAUGUAAGCUACAUAGUUACAUCUACAUAGUUACUUAUAAGACAUCAACUGUAUUAUAUAAGAUCAAAUACAGUAUACAUUAUAUUAAUUCCUUUGGCACCUUUGGUUUGUAUUCAAGUCGUCAUAAAGUGAUAAAGGUGAAAGAAUGACAGAAUAGAUACAAGAAAAAUAUUAAAGCAACAUACAAAGGUUUUUUUGCACAGUGAUCCUGGUAAGGUGCACUCUGACACAUUUUAUUCUAAAUUCAAUAAGUUCCACAUUUUCUGUUUAAAAUGGACAAUUAUGCUGGCCUUUAAAUAUCAAUUGAUAGAUAUAGAAAAAAAUGCUGUAUACAUUAAAAUAAAUUGUUAAUAUUUUAACAAUGUAUGUCCUACUCAAAACAAUGGAAACAAUGGAUAUCUUAUUUUGAUGUGCUCAAAAGUUCUAUAUAGGGUUAGGGUUAUAUAUCUUUGGCAUGAAUAAUCAGUUUUUAUUUUUAAUUUAUUAAGUAGAAUACCAUUAAAAUAUUUUAUUAUAAGCCUUUGACUAUCCGAUGAUCCUUUGCACUUCUGACUAAAAAUUAGCUUCAGGUCGGAUGAUUAAAAUGUAAACCUUGGCAUUUUACAUACUAGUGAAUUGCACCUAUGUUCAUACAAGCACAACCGAGCUUUUAAAACAGUGUUAGCUCUUUUAUUACAGAGAAAGCUAACUGACAUUCCCAGUUAAAAUUCUCACUAGUAACACUAGUUACAUCAGAGUUUAACUUUACUCGCCUGUUAAUAGUACAUUAGUUAGUUAACUGAAUCAUGAGAUCAUCUUUUGGCACAACGAAAAUUGUUUUGGCUGGAACUGGAAUUUUUUGGCUGGAACUUAUAUACGCAAAACCUAGAGCAAAAGCAGUUAGAGUGAUACUUCUUUCCAGCAUGUUUUUCAAAUUUUCAUUGUACAUUAGUCCAAUGAACUGAGUUAUCAAAUUGCCUUGAUUACAAAACACACAUUUAAUUGAGACAUUUAAAUACCUUUUAUCCAAACAAUGAAAAUGAAUGCCUUAUGCUGCCUCCCUAAUAAGUGUUUAUCUUGGCAAUGUGCAAGUCCUGCUCAGAAAAAACUGUCUACCUACACACCUGAAUUAAAUUGAGUGAAAUACAGGAUAAGUAAGGAUAGUGCUUAUAGUGCUUGUAGUGUUUAAAGUAAUAACAAUAAAGUAGGUACUGCAUAUUCAUUGUGGUGUAUUGUAUAGCUCAGCUCAAAUCUUUAUAAUGCUAAGACCAUAGAACCCCACAGACUAUAUUUUGGAGGAAGCAGAGGAUUUCCUUUAUUGUGUUCUUGUCAUAUGUGUCUUGUCAAAUCAGAAC